UUAACAGUGAAUGUAGAUACUAGAUAGUGGAUUUUUGAGUAUAGAGUGUGUUCAACAGUUUUUAGUUUAAAAUUUAGUUAUUUUAUUAUUUUUAUUACGUUUUCCGACUUUCAGUUCAGUUGUAAGCUUCUGUUGCGAUGGAUAACGAAACAGAUGACGAUGAAAUAAUUAAAGAAAUUCCUGUAUUUUUGAGCAAUGAUGCAAUGAAUUUAUUGUUGUUACACUAUCCUACGAGAUUCUCCAAAAACGAUCAAUUACUGUCGUCGACUGUUACUCAGUGUAAAUACAAAUCUGAAUGUGAAGAGUUGGAAAUAUCUUAUGCGCUUGACACAGAUAAAAAUUAUGAUAAAGGUCAUGGGCAAGAGUUGGCUGCUGAAAUGGAUAAAACGUCCAAAGAUAAAAGCAGCUAUCCCAGUGGUAUGGUUGAUUACUUAAGUUUUGAAUCCCAUAAUACAUCAUCAAAUACAACUGAUAUGAUAAUGUAUACAUCUGGUAAAAGUCUUCAUCUAUGUCCACUGAAGAAAACACUGAACAUGCUCCCUAAAUUGUCGCAUAUUGAUAAGAUUGACUUAAAAGACGAUAAUAAAAAGUCUUCCUUAAAUCAAAAUGAGAGUGAAGAAGAAGAAGAAGAAAGUGAACAGAUAAUGGCAAAAUUUAAAGAUAGGCCAGGCAAAAAAAGUGAAAAGAAAAAAAUGCAAGAGAUGGUCAAACAAAGAGCAAUGGAACCUUGGAUUAAUUUAAGCUUUGUACCAAAUGGACAUUACUACUCCAGGGAAGAAUUGGAUAAGUUUUUAUUGCCAAAAUCAGAUACAAUUGAUGAAAAAGAUCCUGAUUUAUCAAUAACUAAAAUUGAAAAAGAAGUUAUCAAUGAAAAUAUUAAUGCGAUUAGAGCACGUCAAUUGUCUCGUAAUGAAAUAAAAUCAUAUCCUCUUGAAAAAAAAAUAAAAAUUCUAUUAUUUAAUGCAAAAAUGAUAUCUACAAAAAUAUUGAUGAAUUUACUACAUAAAUGUGGUAUGCCGACUGAUGAAAGUGUUACAACAAUUUUGACUCAUUUAAAAGAAAUUGCGGUUUUAGUUCGUGGUAAUUGGAUCAUAAAGAGUGAAGAACUGUAUCCAGAUAAUACUAUAUCAUCCCAUUUUGGCUUGAGCUUUGAAGUCAUGCGCCUUUUAAGAGAUUAUAUUAUUCAUUUAUUGGAUUCUAACCAGAUCGUCAACCGUAAAAAUAUUGGAAAAAUGUUUAAUGCACCACCAGAAGAAGUUAAAGAUGUUUUAACCUCUGUUGCAGUUCUGGAUGAUAAAAAAAUGUGGAAAUUACUUAUUACCAACAAUGAUGGAUUUUUAGAAACUGUGGACAAUUAUAAUGAAAUAUGUAAAGAACAGAGUGAUUGGUGGGCAACAAGAGUAAAGCAAAUCAAUACUUGGCUUGAACAGAAACCAAAAAAAAAUUCAAUUUAAAGUUGUUUUUGUUAUAUACAUUUUCAAUUUACUUUUUUUUAUAUGAUUGCGUUAUUGAUUCGCAUAUAUCAAACAUGAUGAUGAUUUUUUCAUUAUUAAUCAUUAAAACAAGUUCAUCAGUCUU